GACGAUCGCAAAUAUGUUAUCUGGGGUUGGUUUUUUUCGCUUUCCAAUUCGUGUCAAAUCGGUACGCACUUUUCUUCUUUUAGUUUUCAGCUCCACUCUGUUUAUUUUUUAUCUCUUGGGCCGUUAACGUUUAUUUCCGCGCGCUCGUUUUUUGGACCAGGAUAAUCUCACAUCGAUUUACAAAAUAGCAUUUCCAGCACUCGGCACCAAAUCAGCAUAAUGUUCCGCCUUGCCAACCGUGUUCGCACUGCCGUCGCGCAGCCGCUCAAGCAGCGCCUCAAUGCCAUUGCGCAGUACCACCAGCCAGCGAUCCUCCCAUACAGCCCCGAGAAGGGACUGGCACCCUUCCUGUCUGCGCAGUCGCUUGACUUUUUGUACAACAUGCGCCAGAAUCAGCUUGUCAACAACGUCAACCGGCUUUCUGAGGGAACUGAGUACGAGGCCAAGUCGCUUCUGCAUGUCAUUACGGAAUCCGCGCUCGAUCCCACGCAGACACCGCUCACCAACAACGCGUCGCAGGCAUGGAACAUUGACUUUUUUCUCCAGUCUUUGACCGACGAUGUCAGGCCACUCCGAGACGACGUCAGGCGGCACAUUGCAGAGCAGUUUGGCUCGUUUGAGCGGUUCCAGGAGACCUUCACGCAGUGCGCCCUGGCGCUCUUUGGAAACGGCUGGACAUGGCUGGUGAUGAACGACAGUGGGCAGCUUUCUGUUAUGAACACAUUCAAUGCCGGCAGCCCUUUCACUGCCAUUCCGUCGAUGAAGAAUGCUGGCCCUAAGAGUGCAUCUUAUGCGUCGAUCCACCGGAGCGUUGGUCGUCGCCCGUUCGCCAGACUCACUCCGAUCCUCGGUCUUAGCAUGUGGCAGGAGUCGUUCCUGCCCGACUACGGACUUGAUCGCGAGACCUAUGUGAACCGCUUCUGGGAGGUUGUCAACUGGUCGGUCGUCAACGAGCGCCUGAUGAACACCCGGAGUGGCUCGCAGUCGAAUUUCUAAAUACAUCUAUGAGCAGUCUUUUUUCAAUGACACGCUGCUUCCUAUAUCUCGAGCUGGUUUGUUUGCGCCUAGAUCUGAUACAAAAGUUUUAAAAAAAUUUACAAUGCUUGCC